AUGGCCAAGUCCAAGUCCAAGUCCUCGCCCUCCGCCGCGGGCACCAAGCGCGCCUCCAGCGGCGGCUUCCACUGGUCCCUCUGGCUCGCAAUCAUCGUCGCCGGCCUCGCCGCCACCGUCACCAUCCUGGAGCGCAUCAAAUCGCAAUUCUACAUCUUUGACCACGCCGACCUGUACAAGAUCGCCUCGGGCGCCGUCGCCGCCCACCCCAACGACACCCACGCCAUCUUUGACGACAUCCUCACCCAGCUCCGCGCAGACCCCAAAAAGGCGCCCUACCUCAACGCCAACCACUUUUCCCAGCCCGAAGAGUGGAUGUUCAACAACGCCGGAGGCGCAAUGGGAUCCAUGUUCAUCAUCCACGCGUCCAUCACAGAGUACCUCAUCUUCUUUGGAUCGCCCGUCGGAACCGAGGGACACACUGGCCGACACACCGCCGACGACUACUUCAACAUCCUCGUGGGCGACCAGUACGCCUAUGCGCCCGGCGCCCUCGUGCCGGAGCACUACCCCGCCGGCAGCGUCCACCACCUGCGCCGAGGCCUGGUCAAGCAGUACAUGAUGCCCGAGACCGGCUGCUGGGCGCUCGAGCUCGCUCAGGGCUGGAUCCCGCCCAUGCUGCCGUUUGGUCUGGCCGACGUGCUCUCUUCCACCCUCGACUUCCCCACCUUUGGCCUGACGGUCUGGAUCACGGCGAGGGAGAUGAUUGGCAACCUUCUCGUUGGCAAAUUCUAG